AUGAGGAACUUGGUAGUGUUGAACAGGGGACACAUUAGUCCCGAAUCACAAACUUAUCCAGAUUUGCACAUAAUUGACAGUGUUUACGAUGUAGUCUCCGAUGCUAUCACAUUCGUCCUAUCCUCAGAGGAAAGCCAAAUCAUUGAAGUACAACAAUUCCACAAGAAUGGGAGUGUCUCUGUUCUUGCUAGUUUCCCCGUUAGCUCAGAGCUAUUGAAUACUGUGCAUUUUGUUGACUCGGCUCAAUUAGUUUUUGUUUUUAGUAAUGGUGAUAUCAUCACUGCCAGCUACGAUCCACAACAAACAAACGAUUACGACCAUACCAUCAUUGAAAUUGUUGGUACAAUUGAUGUUGGAUUGAAAGCGGCACAGUGGUCUCACGAUGAAGAAACCUUGGCGAUGGUGACCAACGAAAAUAAAUUGCUUUUAUUAUCAAGGGUAUUUGAGCCAAUUACUGAAAAAUUGUUGGACUCUAAUGAUAUCAAAAUAUCCGACUCCAAGCAUGUUUCAGUGGGAUGGGGUAAAAAAGAAACACAGUUUAAGGGCAGAGGAUUCAAAGCAUUGGAAAGAGAAAAGGAAGCAUUGAAACAUGCAGGAUUGGAUGAAAAUGCAACACAAUUACGUGAUCCCACUGUGAAUGAAAUUGAACGAGGAACAAUCUCAGACUUUGAUGACAACACAGUCAGGAUCAGUUGGAGGGGUGACUCUGAAUAUUUUGCAGUAAACACGAGAGAGUCUGUCUUGGUCGAAGACACGAAGGAGACAUACGACCGUAGGGUUAUUCGAGUAUUCAACAGGGAAGGUGAACUUGACAGUGUUAAUGAAGCUGUUGACGGAUUGGAACAAAAUCUUAGCUGGAAACCGCAGGGUGCUCUAAUCGCCUCGACCCAGAGACAUAUCGAUGAUGAGGAUGGAGAAGAGGUUCUCGAUUUGGUAUUUUAUGAAAGAAACGGUCUCAGGCAUGGACAGUUUAACCUUCGAGUUGAUCCUCGUGAAGAAGUUGUGCAAAAUAUUACAUGGAGCUCUGAUAGUGAAAUAUUAUUAAUUCAAUACAAGGAUAGAGUACAAUUAUGGACAACGAAAAAUUAUCACUGGUACAUGAAGCAAGAGCUUUUUGCCAGUGAUAUCUUAUUCACAAAGUUCCACCCCGAGAAACCGUCAAACUUUAUGAUUGGAACGAUAAGUGGCUUGCAAAUUAUAGAUCUCACUUACAAGAUAGUCACAGGACCAACAAGGUUUGGCAACGAUUUGGGUAUGACUUUAGUUACAGAUGGCGCAAUAGCAAAGAUCACCCCGAUAUCAGUUGCUAAUGUUCCACCACCAAUGAGUUUACGUGAAUUAGAUGUUCCAGGAAACAUCAAUGACCUUGCAGUCAGUAAGUCGAAUGAAAAGUAUGCCACAUUGUGCAGCAACAAUGACAUAUACCUCAGUGAAUUGUCCAUUCCUGAAAUGAGGCAGGGCAAGCACCCCAAGGUGUUGAGCAGAGUUGCUGCGGAUGUGUACAUUAACGAAUCUAAUGAAGUAGCAAAGCAAAUUGCAUUCAUUAGGGAUGAUUUUGUUGCCGUUGCCAUUGAUGCACCAACAUAUUCUCGUGUGGUAUUGAUGGAGGUUGAUGAUAUAAAGAAUCCAAAGCUUAAUGAUUCAGUUGAUGUUACGCCAAAAUUAGUUUUGAUGAAAUCCAGGGCAGAUUUCAACACUGUGAUAAUUGAGACUGUAGAUAGCAGGCUUAUUCAAUUUGAUUCCACACAAGAUCUCAAAGAAGUAUGCAAGCUUCCACAAUUGUGUCGUGAGUUUGAAGUGAAUUACAAAGAAGAAACUGACGAGUUUGAGUGUUUUGGUUUGUCACGGAAUGGAAAACUAUUUCGCAAUGAAACACCAAUUGUCAGUGGAGUAACUUCAUUGUUGAUUACUGAGUCCCACUUAUUAUUCACGACAGUAUUAUCCAAGUUGUGUUUUGUUCAUUUGAACUCUACACAUGAGAAUUACGAAGUGUUUCAAAACCUAUCAAACGAAAAUAUUGUGGAUGAAAGAAUAAGACAAAUUGAACGGGGAUCAUUUUUGGUCAAUGCCAUGCCAACGAAAUACUCAGUUGUCUUGGAAGCCCCAAGAGGCAAUCUUGAGACAAUAUGUCCUAGGAUUAUGGUAUUGUCGGCCAUACGUAAAUUCAUCACAGCCAAAGAUUUUCACAACGCAUUCCUUGCAUGUCGUACACACAGAAUUGAUUUGGAUAUUUUGCACGAUUAUAAUCCAACAUUGUUCUUCAACAAUGUUGAGCUUUUUAUUAAUCAAAUACAGAAGGUUGAAUAUUUGGAUCUAUUUGUGUCAUGUUUGCAUGAAGAAGAUGUAACCAAGACCAAAUACAGAGAAACGUUGAUUGAUGCUGGUAUUAACGAAUCCGAGAUCAAACAGAAUGGAGAAACUUUACAACCAGCAUUUCGUAAGAAAUUUGCCAACAAGAAAGAAGAAGUAUUCAAAAACUUUCAAGACUCGAAGGUUAAUCGAAUUUGUGAGGCUGUUUUGUCCAUCUUGCUUAAACCAGAGUACUUUGACAAUUACAUGCAAACAGUUUUGACUGCCUACGCAUGUGAGAAGCCCCCUAAUUUGGUUGAGGCUUUAAAGUUGAUUGGCGGUUUAGGGGACGAACAACAGAAGGAAACUGCAAUAACCCACUUGUGUUUCUUGCAAGAUGUGAACAAGCUUUACGAUACAUGCUUGGGAUUGUACGAUGUCAAAUUGACUUUAUUGAUUGCGCAACAAUCUCAAAUGGAUCCAAAAGAGUAUCUACCAUUCUUACAAAACUUGCACGUGCAACCAGAAUUGCGUAGAAAGUUUUUGAUCGAUGAUCAUUUGAAAAAUUACAAUUUGGCAUUGAACUGGUUACAUGAACUGGGUGAAGGCGCUUUUGCAGAAUUCGAUGCCUAUGUUGUGAAACACGACUUGUAUAAACUUGGGUUGAAGAUUUACGAAUACAACAAGAAGAGAAGUAACGAUAUAAUGUACUUGUUUGCUGAGCAUUUACAAAAGACAAUCAACUUUAGUGAAUCUGGUUUGGCAUUUGAAUAUUUGGGCAAGUUGGAUCAGGCAUUAGAAAACUACAUUUUAGCAAAGAAAUGGAAAUCGGCAUUAUCAAUUGCUGAAAAGUCAGAGUUCAACAAAAAGUUUGAAGACACGGCUAAUAGCCUUGUAAAUACAUUGACUGCUGAUCACAAAUACAGCGAUGCUGCUGAAAUUGAAUAUCACUUUUUGGGAAAUGCCAUGGAAGCAAUUAAGUUGUACUGCAAGCAAUACUGGUUCGAUCAAGCCAUUCUUAUUGCUGAAAAGGAGUCACAGCCAGAAUUAAUUGAAUCUGUCGUCGACGUUCAAAUAAAUGAAGGUUUCGGUACCAUUGCGGAACUAUUAGCAGAUUGCAAAGGUCAAAUGAACUCACAAUUGAGGAGGUUGAGAGAGUUGCGUGCUAAAAAGGAAGAAGAUCCAUAUUCUUUCUAUGGCGCCCCAGAUGACAUAGAUACACCGGACAAUGUAUCAGUCGCUGCUUCUGAAACAUCUACUGCGCCAUCAUUUUUCACUAGGUAUACAGGUAAAACCGCUGGAACUGCUAAAACCGGGGCAUCACGUCGUACCUCUAAGAACAAGAAGCGUGAAGAGCGUAAAAAGGCCAAAGGUAGAAAAGGUACUAUCUACGAAGAGGAGUAUUUGAUAAGAUCAGUCGGUCGGUUGUUAGAAAGGUUAGAUCAAACACAACCAGAUGCCCUUAGAUUAAUUGACGGGCUAAUCAGGCGUCAAAUGAAGGAGAAAGCUUACCAGAUUCAAAAGAACUGGUGUGAAUUGAUUGACUUCAUUUCAGAAAAUAUUGAUGAGAUACAUAAUAUGAGUGAAAAGGAUCGUGAAAGAAUCGAUGACAAUGGUGAAGUGUAUCUAAUCGAAGAGAUUCCUAAACCUACAGUUAACAAAUUUCCCAAAUUUAAUAUAUUGGAUUACUAG